AUGGACCCCCCCGAGGCUGCGGUCCGUGACGAUGGACAACCGACUGCGCCGUCUACGCCGCCUCUCCGGCGGCGUUAUUCCAUGGAGGAGGACCUGUAUUACAAUCGCAUAAUGGCCGCUCCACCACGACGACUCUCUCAACCGCCGGCCUACGAGCCCAAUCCUAAUGACUCAGACGAGGGCGAGGAUCCGAGGCCAGGCCGGAGGAAAGGGAGUCAAACAGUAUUCGACCAAUCCGACGACACCGACGGAGAAGGAAGUGAAUCACUUCCAAACUAUCAGAGUUCAGUGUACAUUGAAGGAGUCUUUUCUAAGAAGCAUGAAAUUGAAAACACCACAAGACGGGCUGAGGAUCGCCAUUGGCAUACCAACUUUGUCACUCUCAACGGGACAGCCCUGAACGUGUAUACAGUAAAGAAGGACUGGGGUUGGGGACGAAGUAGAGAUGGCCCUACGAUAUGCCCCGACAAUCCACCAUGGGUUAGAAAAUCAAAGCUCGAAAAGAGCUACAGCCUGAUCCAUGCCGAUGCCGGUAUUGCAGCCGAUUAUACAAAACGGCGAUAUGUGAUUCGUAUCAGGGCAGAGACGGACCAGUUCCUAUUAUCAUGCAUUGAGCUCAGCACCUUUGUUCAGUGGCUCGAAGCCCUAUUUGCGGCCAUUGAUGUGGCUGCGCCUAUUGACGACCGGGACUUUCCUCGCGACAUGUCUAUUCCUCGUAUCCAACGAAUCCGAUGGUUCCAGGGGCAGUCACCUGCUCUCCCUGGCUACGCCGCUUCUACGGAGCAAUCCAGAAAUAACGAAACGUCGGCGGAGGGACCGGAGAGUUCCAGCACGGUAGUACAAGCUAGUUCCAACGCUACGAUCUCGUCCACGGCACCGUCUACGGCACAGCUCCCACCAACCUUGCAGCCAUUGCAAGAGUCAUCAGCCAACCCACCACCGAGAAUAGAACCUCUGAGUCGCCGCCUUAGCACGUCCUCAUAUCCAAAUCCAUCAGUCGAUCCACAUACGGGGAAAUGGUUUCCUGAACACAAAUGGUCGAGCGCCCACGACCUGCUGUAUGCAAAACUGUGCUAUAGCAAUUUGCUAUUUAGAAGUCCUCGAAAGUCCAACUACAUUAUCAGCAAAGGCAAACAAUGGUUUGUGGACUGGGGCACGGGCAAAAUGGUCCGUGUAUUGCCUCCGACAUACGGCGAAAUAGACUUCUUCGGUCCAUGGCAAGUCAUCCAUACCGAAAAUCCAAGGAUUUAA